GUUGGCUAAAUGGAUGGGUCACGAAUUUUAUGUUAUUAAAAAAAAAAAAGGAAAAGAAAAUGCCAUACAGGUAAUCUGAGUAAUAUUUUGAAGGUUAUUUACAUCGACAGAGAGCGAAAAUGAACAGCAAAUAGUGAUUCGCCUGGCCCUCGAACUUUAUGGUAAGGAAUCUAGGGUAUACCUAAGUCACCACAGUGACAUCAGGAAGUGAACGGGGAAGAUUAUAGUGUACUUCAGAAAGCUGCCUUUAUAUAAUAUUCUCCAUCUCUUCAUUAUGAGUAACACGACACCUGAUAAGUCCUCCCUGGUCCUUGUUCUAUAUACUGGAGGGACAGUUGGAAUGAAAAAGCUUUCUGAAAAUGAGCCUUGCAUUCUGCAUUUGGAUUUAUCCAUUGAAGAGUUGAAAAAGCAUCCAUUGCUUCAUGAUGUUGCUUUUGCUCUGCCCCAAGCAAGAAAAGUGGGUGUAACAGAGAGAUUGGCUAUGCCUGCACAUGAUCAAGAUAACAGCAGAAUACUGUAUGAUAUCAAAAAGGCUGGUAAUGUGCGUGAAUCAAAAGAUACCUGUACGAAGGACUGGAUGGACAUGGCCACAGAGAUUGCUAAUACCUAUGAGGACUAUGAUGGAUUUGUGAUAUUACAUGGGACUGAUACUAUGGCUUAUACUGCGUCAGCACUGUCUUUCAUGCUUGAGAAUCUUGGGAAACCUGUGGUCCUUACUGGAGCACAGACCCCAAUUUAUGAGAAAGUGACAGAUGCAAAAGAUAACCUGGCUGGUGCACUUUUGUUUGCGGGAUAUUAUGCAGUUUCAGAGGUGACAAUUUUCUUUAAUGGUAAGCUGUUUAGAGGAAAUAGAUCAACCAAAGUAGAUGCUAUAAGUUUUUCUGUUUUUGACUCACCAAGCUGCCCUCCACUGGCAAAACUAAGCAGUGAUGGAGUUGUUGAAUGGAAUUAUUCUGCUGAUCCAAGACAUAGAGGAUGUUUCACACUCCACACAAAGAUGAGCCAAAACAUAGCACUACUUCCAGUGUUUCCUGGUAUUCCAAUACAGAUGAUAAAAGGAUGUUUGGAACCUUCAAUAGAGGGUGUUGUCCUGGUAACAUAUGGAAGCGGCAAUAUACCAGACUCGAGAACUGAUCUUAUAAAAGCGAUCAAAGAAGCAACGGGCAAGGGCGUGGUCAUUGUCACAUGUUGUCCUUGUCGUGGAGGGCCACACGAUGUUUCUACCGAGUUCGUAGAAAAGGGUCUGGUCGAGUUAGGAGUAGUUCCUGGGGGAGAUAUGACAGUUGAAUGCGCGUUAACCAAGGUCGCAUUUGUUGUGGGACUGAAAGAACUUACAUUAGAAGACAGGAAAUCGCUUAUGGUAUCAAAUUUACGGGGUGAGAUUUCAACUUCCAAGAGGUAAAAAAAAACCGUUUAUCAAGGCUGGGUGAAUUAGUCCCAGCCAA